AUGAUCAUCAUUGGAAUCAUCGCAGCCCCGCUGACAGUUCAGAGCCUGAUGUCGAGCUCGAUUUUAGAUCUGAGGGAGUUGAAUGUGACGAUUGUAAAUAGCAAUCAGAUCGAACAAGGUUGUGGCCAGGAUCUAUCAAUAUUGGCGAAUCUAACUUCUCGGCGGUCUUGCCGUCUCAAGAUGAUCCAGUACAUGGGUAUCAUCUCACAAAGUUUUGCAGUGCACUUCCUCGGCAUGUCGUUGUCCCUAGGGUUCUCGGACAUCAAAGUUGAGAAGGAGAUCUCAGCCAAAUCCAUGGACAGGUUGUCAAAAGACAUGGAACAAAUGAUGAUAAGGUCCGAGUUGAUGGUGAAUAAUCCUUCCAUCUUUCAGAACAAAAGGAUCGGAAGCUUUUCGAGUGAUACAGUGAAGAACUUAGUGCCAGGAACGAACAAACUGUCAGUCUCCGGCAUCCUGAAGCCCGAAGACGUUGUCUCUUCAUCCGAGCUGUUCUCUUCACUCGUCAAUGGUCGACCUGUCCUUCUCACCGCCAACCUCACAAGCGUGUCGAAUCACUUCAUCGCAGGAGGCUUGAUUGGCACAGAACUUGACGUGACAGUCAGUGGAAAACGAAUGCCUCUUGUGUCAGGAUCCUCAAUCUUCUUUCCUCGCCUUGCUCUUCGCCCUGUUGAGUCAAGCAUAGUGGAGCUCGAUGCUGAGAUUCAGCUGGAGCUGGUUGACAUCUUCGGACAAGACUCUCCGUUCGCUCUGACAGGCAUCAGCCUGCUUUCGGUGUCAGCUUUCUACCAGCAGAGCAUGGCAGCAAAUCUUCAAGUCAUCCCAGACAAGAUCUUGCGUCUGUCAAGAUACCGGUAUUCGCUCUCUUUCGCUUCCCUCGCGACCGUUUCCCCUGUCCCCUUCAGUCAGCUGCUGCUGGACUUUUUCAACUCCACAGAGCUGGAGGUUGAGAUCCGGUGCACAUGCAACGUGAACAUUACGACGGCGAUGGGCAACCUGACGCUGACGGGGGUGUACCUGACCCAGGACCUCGUGCUGAAAGGCUGCGGGGGGCUGAGGGACGUGGAGGUCGACUCGAUCCAGGUGUUCAGCUCUGUGGGAGGAUCGCUGCUCUUCUCUGCCGAGGGUUCCUUCCGCAACCCUUCUAACGCUUCUGCGUCCCUGGGUGCCAUCGCGCUGGCGCUCGAGCGGCGGGGGUUACGCCUCGGGCAAGUGUUCUCGCAGUCGAUGAGCAUCGGGCCCGGGAAGAAUGUGAUGAGAGUCAGUGGUCAUUUGCUUCCUUCCUCGAAAGAGGAAAAAGACGAACUUGGACAAGUUGUGGGCUCCUUCCUCCGAGGGGAGAGGGUCGACCUGCAGCUUGUGGGGCUGUCGGCUCAAAGUUUCGACUCGGAAUGGCUGCAGCAGGUGGUGGAGAAGCUUUCAUUCAACAUUCCUUUCCAGUCGCCUGCUCCCAAUAUCAGCGUUGAAUCGUUCAACGUCUCCUCAGCAGAUGUCUCUUUGUCUGACGGAGGGGACAUUCUGUUCAGCUGCUCGCUGUGGGUCCAGGUGACGCUUCCCUUUGAAGCAGCUCUCGACGUCACGUCUCUGUCCGCGGAUCUCAUCCUCUCUCGUACCGCUGAUUCCUCCCCUCUUGCCAGACUCACGGUGCCGCUAACCGACGUCGUUUACGAUGCUCCCACCUCCCGACUUUUUCUCUCCCUCGUCGAUCAGAGCCUCGUUGUGCUCGACGAGGACCUGGUGGCUCAGGUGCUAGUGGAGGCCCAGGAGGCAGGGGGCGCGUCAGUGCGUCUUUCAGGGAAUGUUUCUUCGACUUUGAGGUUCGAUUUCGGAGAGAUUCUUGUCGACUCUCUCCCGCUGCUGCUGGAGCUUCCUCUGCACGUGUCUGGGUCAGAGCUGGGCAGGCUGAUCCACGUUUCAGAUUUGGACUUUGUCGAUGGCAACUCGUCGGAUCAGCUUCCCUUCUCGCUGCACGUCAAUGUGAACAACCCCACGGCAGUGUCGGCUGACGUAGGAGACGUGACGCUCGGCAUCAGCCCCACAGGUUGUCUCGUCCCUGCGCCGAUGAUGCUGGUCGAGAUGAAGGCUCUGCACGUCAGCUCUGGCUGGAGCCACUUGAUCGUCAACGGGCUCUACAGGAAUCCGCCUGACCCCCAGCAGUAUCCCUGUGCCGCAGACUUCAUCUCAGCUCUGGUGGGGGGGAGGCCAGUCAACAUUAGCGUCGUUGAGAGUCACGCCAGUGCUCCCCUGGUGCAGGCUGUGCUGAGGGCGAUGAGGCUGAGGACGGAGCUCAACGGCCUGCCUGUCCGCCUGCAGACGGUAGCGAGAGCGAUCAUGCUGGAUCCUGUGCCCGUCUUCAGAGACAAGGAGGUGCACGUCAGGGUGGACGUCAGGAACCCGUUCAGCGUAGACGCUCGCGUCUCGCAGAUCUCACUGUCGCUCGAGGCGGAAGGCGGAGACAUCGGGCGCUUCGAGGCUGACAUGACGCUGAACCCCCUCCUGAUACCGCGAUCGAAGACCACCCUCACCCCAGAGCUCUGCGUCGACCUCCUGAAGCUCCUCGACCUCGCGCUCUUCCGCGCCUUCAUCAAAGCUGCUGCCUCCAAGGGCGGAGCUGAGGUGCACGUGACAGGGUCCGUGCGACUGACGCUGGGCGCGAAGUUCAGCUCCACCUUAUUUCUGGACCGCCAGGCGGUAAGAGAUAGUGGUCGAGACAUCUCAAUCAGCAUUGCCACCAGUACCAUCUCCAUCAGCAUCUCCAUCAGCAUCUCCAUGACAUGGAGUUGCUGUUCAAGAUAUCCCGACAACAAUGCGAUGCAAGGCCAUGGGUUUGUUAAGACAUAUCACACCGGCUUCCGUCAUUGGUUGUAUCUCAGAGAAGGUGGCGAGAUUGUGUACGUCAAUGAGACCAUCGAGGAUCUGGAACCAGAGGAUAACUACACUCCUACUUUAAGGAUGAACCAUGACUUCAAGUCGGUUCUUGACAUGAGGCUGAGGGAAUAUGGACUUGAAGAUGAGAAUUUGUGUUUAAGAGGAGGUCUCGACGAAGAGCAAAUCGACGAAUUUUUGGGACGAGCCGGACCAGAAAUGCAGACCCUGGACAACAAAGACUUUGACGAAUACUACAAAAACAGGGCCAAUGACAUGGGUGUUCCCGAGAACCCCGACUGGGAUGAUUAUUUGAACAACGAUGACCUGCUGAAAUCUUUCACGAAUUCUGACGAAGAAAAAGUGGAGAUUGACUCUCACUUUGGCGUCUCGUCGUCUGAAUAUGAGAGUGAGCUCUUCAAAGAUAGCUUUCCAGAAGAGAACUUCUCAGAUCCUGUGUAUUAUUCUCCCGCAUUUCCUCAGUGUGGUAUCUUCGGAAUGUUGAUCGAAAGAUUCGACGAGAUCAUCAGGUCCGAGCCUUCGAGCUAUAACCAUUCCUUCUUGUUGCUGCGCUUGAAGAAUGAGAGCAUUGAUUCCGAGAUCAUAUACGCCAGCGAGUGUUUCAUGGAACAUUUCAAGCCUCCUGUAGAAGACAUUAUUGGCAAGCCAUGGAGAACGCUCUAUGGGCACGUUGAUAAGGAUCGCCUCGAGAGCUGGCAGGCAAUGAAUCUAUCUGGAAUGAAGCUCCAGAGCAGGUUUCAAUACCCGGGGAAGCAGAGCCAUGAGUACGCCUGCCUGCAUGCCGAAUGUGUACUGUAUGAUCACAAGAAACGAGACGAAGUGCAGGAAGUAGAACACGACCCCAGAGAUGUAUGGGACUGCCUCGCAUAUGCUGAGAACAUCGUUCUUCGAAUCCGCUCGAUUAUGAGGGACAGCAUAUACGACCUGUUUCCCAAGUACCACAAAUACGUGACCAACUUCGACUUGGGAAGGGCGUCGCUGCUGAAGCAGCAACAAAUAUGUUUUGACAUUCCUGUGUCCGCAGUGUGGAUGUAUCAGAACAAUGCAAGGGACUACCACAAGCAGCUCGUCGACGCAUACCACGAGCGGAGGAGACAGCCAGGACCGGUUGACACCUGCAAAGUCCCCGAGGAGCUCAAGGAGCAGAACGAGCGGAUGAAAGACACGAGCAAGAAGCUGGAAGAGAUGCUGUUGAUGAGGAAGGAGAUUCAGAACGACGCGAAUUUGGAGGACAUGUGGGAGCAGUAG